AUGGCAGAUGCAGAUGUCGGCACUACCACGGUGCAGGUGGCUGUUCGCGUACGACCACUCAGCGAGAAGGAGAUCAAGGAGGGUGGCGUGGAGUGCGUGGAGGUCGCCAAAGACAACACGGUGACGCUCCACCAGGAGAACCAACCGCCCAACGUGUUCGCCUUUGACAACGUCUUUGGCAAGGACUCGACCCAACCGGAGGUCUUCGAGAUGCUUGGUAAUCCGCUGCUGGACAAGGCAUUCGAAGGCUACAAUGCCACUAUCUUUGCAUAUGGCCAAACGGGUUCUGGAAAGACCCACACGAUGAUGGCCGAUCGCAAGUCCGACGACCGGGGCUUGGUGCCUCGAAUCUCGGACAACUUGUUCCAGCGCGUUUCCAAGCUCUCCUCGGAGACCCGCAAGUUCCUGAUUUGCUGCUCGUUUCUGGAAAUCUACAACGAGAUCGUCUACGACCUCCUGGUGCCCAGGGGCAAGAAUACACCGAAGACAGGCUUGGAGAUUCGCGAAGGCAAGGGCAUCGGAGUCUAUGUGAAGGAUCUUCAAGAGAUCGUGGUGGACUCCUCCGAGAAGGUCCUGAAGCUCAUCGAUCAAGGCUUCGAGCAUCGGGCGACGGCCGCCACACAGAUGAACGCCACCAGCAGCCGCUCCCACUGCCUCUUCAUCAUCAAGAUGCACCAAAAGGAUGAGCAGAAUGCCGGCAACAACAAUUUCUCGAAGAUGAACCUCGUGGACCUGGCAGGUAGCGAGCGAGCAUCCAGGACGGGUGCCCAGGGCGACACCCUCAAAGAAGGCGCCAACAUCAACAAAAGCCUGUCUGCUCUUGGAAACGUCAUCAAUGCCUUGAGCACAAUGGCCUCCGGGAACAAGAAGGUCUUUAUCCCCUACAGGAACUCCAAGUUGACGCGGGUGCUUCAGGAGUCUUUGGGUGGGAAUGCGCUGACCACCAUGAUGGCGGCCUUGUCACCGUCCAGGACCAACGCCGACGAGAGCCUGUCCACCCUGAACUACGCCAAGCGGGCGAAGACGAUCAAGGUGAACGCCACGAAGAACGACGAAGCCGAGCAGAUUGCGAAGCUUGAGGAGGAGGUGGAGGCUCUGCGCGCCAAGCUGGCUGAGCAAGCCUCGGGCGUUGCCGACACCAGCCGCUACGAGACGCAGCUCCAGGAGAUGGAGAGCUUCAUGAAGCAGACAUGGGAGGACAAGGAGCGGCAGUCGCAGGAGCACGAGGAGGAGCGCAAGCGCCUGGAGCAGGAGGCCCAACGGACUGUGGAGCGCCUGCACGAGGAGCGCAAGCGCCGGAUAAGGCUUCUGGAGGAGAAGGGCGACCUGGAGCUCACUGUUCAGGAGCUGAAGGGGCUGCAGGGCGGCGACCGGUGGACGCCCUGCACCUCCAGCUGGCCUUCUCAAAUCUCGCGGCUGCUGUCGCUGGAAAACCGUGUGACGGCACAGUGCCGUGCUGCGUGCCUUUUGAAGGAGGCCGUGACGAACGAUGUAGAGCACUGGUGCGAGAAGCGGCGGCAGGUGCAGGAGGGUGGCAAGGAAGAAGACGGCGGGGCAGGCCUCCGAAUGCUCUUGCAUCAGGCCGAACGCAAAGUGGGAACCAUGAUGCGGGAGUUCGAGUCCUUGGCCAAGCAGGAGCAAGAGCUGGCCGCCGAGGUGGCACUCUGGAUGCCGCAGGUACAGAGGGUGGUGGCUGGAAUCGCACUGGAGAGCUCCGAGGAGAAGGAGGAGAAGACCGAAGAAGGUGGUGCUGCCAGUGAGGUCUCUGAGGAGUACAACGAGGUCCUUGGAUUGGUCCUCCGCCAGGUGGACAACCGCCGGAUGAAGGUUUGGGGCCAGAUCGCUGAGGACCACAAGGCAUUGGGCGACUUCGUCGGCCAAUUCCAAUCUUUGGUGGACUGCAGCCGUGCCCUAGGCGCCGAUGUGGCCGAGCUCGAGGAGGAGACCAGGCUCGAGCUCGAGGUGGGGGGUUCUUCGAGUUCGCGGGCACGGCCGCUGGCCCUCCACGGCGAGGAGGCAUCGGCUGCGCUGUCCAUGCCCCUCGGCCUGGCUGCUGAGGAAUUGCCGGAUGCCAACAUCUCCGCCAGCUCCAACCAGCAGGCCUGCAAUUCAGUGCGGCUCUUCAGCGGGGUGAAUCGCAUGAAGUGCGCCUUCAGCGGCUGGAGCCCGGCGACGGAUGCGGCUUCGGAAUACCUGCAGGUGGAUUUGGGCAAGCCGACUUGGGUCAGCAGCUUGGCCUUGCAAGGCCGAAGGCCCCUCUGUGGCGAUUGGGAGGCAACAAGGCCCCUGCUGGCAGAGCUCUUGGACCCUGGCGACCCGCUGCCUCCGAGCAGGAUCUUCAAGCGGCCCCCGGUGCGGCUUAUACACGACAUCGUGGUGGCAGCUCACGGGCGGCACCAGGCUCUGGCUGCUGGGAAGCCUGACUUUUCUGCAGAACAGCUGGAUUACAAGCAGCUUCAGAAUGCCGACCGCCAAGCUAAGGUGGACUUCUUCGAGCUCCUCCUGGCAAAGGCGGGACAUGCCCUCAAGGGCGCAGGCCUGCAAGACAAGGUCGCCCCAAUGAAGGUGAGCCCUUCGGACAUCUUGGGCGGCAAAAACACAGUCGAGAGCAACCGGCUCUUGCAGCUGCUCUGCUACCUCGGCUUGAGGAAGAAGCUCGAGGGAUCUUCCGGAGGUUUGUUAGACGUCUCUGACCAGUGGGUAACAAAGUUUACCGUGUCUUGGAGCGAGAAGGGGCAAGAAUGGGCGCCGCUGACGGCGCAAGGCGAAAGCAGUCCCUUCGUCUUCGAGGGCUGCAUGGAUCCAGAGACCGUUCGCUUCAUUCCGCUGGGCACUGCGCAACCGCCGCGGGCAGUGCGUUUUUUGCGGAUUUGCCCGCAGGAGUGGCAGAGUCAUCCGUCCUUUCGCUUGGAGGUGUUCGGAUGGGCUGACGGCAAGAUAAAGGUCGAAACGCCUAUUCCGCCGUCACUGCGGGACAGCGCAUGCCGGCUGGAUGUUGUACGCCGUCGAGCCCAGCUGCUUCAGCGAUGCUUGGCGCUGGCCAGCGCAGCCACGGCGGAGCGCUGGCGGGAGGCCCAGCGUGCCGAGGAGGAGCGGGCGCAGCAGGCCAUGCAGGAGCGGACGCAGGUGGAGCAGCAACUCCAGGAGACUAUGGCGCAGCUUGAAGAGAUGCGAAAAGCCUUCAACUUGCUCCAAGACCAGGUCGCACAGAGUGAGCAGAAGCUGGCGGACGCAGAGGCGGAGAAGCUGCGCAUGGGCGUGGAGCAGGACAGCACCAAGACGCAAGUGCAGUCGCUGGAGGAAAAGUACGCGCAGGCCCUGGAGGACACAGCGCAGGAGAGGGACAAGGUGCGAGACCUGGAGGCUAAGACCGAGGAACUGAAAAGCACCAACGAGGAUUUGCAGCAGCAGAUCGGUGUUCUCACCGAGGAGCGCGACGUGGCCAGAGGCCAGGAGGUACUGCUCUUUGACACGCUGGCUGCCAAGGAAGAGGAGCUCCUGAACACGAACGAAGGUUACUGCUAUCUGACGGACCAGCUCAAUGAGCUGAAGGACGAGUACGCAGAGAAGGUCGAUGAGUGCGAUCGCACCAUCGAGAGCCUGAACGAGCAGAACAAGAAGCUCCUGGACGAGGGCCUGAAGCUGCGGCAGGAACUUGGAGAUGCCAAGCGGCGCGUCGCCGAUGCAGAGAAGGCCGUGCAGCGGGCAGAGGCAGGUCUGCCAGUAACCUUCCGGGUCGACAAGAAGGACAACGGUGCCGGCAUCGACGUACCCUCCGCGCUCGCGAGAGACCGAGAAGAGCGAGGUGCGAGCCCCACGGACAUCGAAAUCGAGGGCGGCGAGGGGGAGUACCAGGAGGAUUUCGAGGAUGAGUGA